ACCAUUCACCAUGACAAGCAUCUCGUAUUUGGGUGGCUUAGGGAAGAGAACUUGGUCACUAAGGACAGAGUUCCAUCGGAGAAUUCAGAUGAGAGAGCGGCAAAACGUUUUUACAGGGAGGUCGAGGAAGGUAUACACUAGUGAUGGUCUCUUGUUGGGUGGCCCAACCAUGUCUAAGAGGUUUGGAGCUCCUCAGGCUGUCACCUCUGAGGCUCCAAGCAUGUCUCCAGAAUACGAGAUGCCAACCCUUCUCACGCAACAGGAGAAAAUGCUAGCAAACUAUGUUCCAGUAUAUGUGAUGCUCCCGUUGGGUGCUGUCGCAGCUGAGAAUGUAUUCGAGAAGCCCGAAGAGCUCAGGAAUCAGCUCAAGAAACUGAGAGCAGCAGAUGUCGAUGGUGUCAUGGUGGAUGUUUGGUGGGGAAUCAUUGAAGCCUUGAGUCCAAAGAAAUAUGAUUGGAGUGCUUACAGGCAGUUGUUCCAGAUGGUCAAGGAAGAAGGGCUUAAGCUGCAGGCCAUCAUGUCCUUCCAUCAAUGUGGUGGGAAUGUAGGAGACAUCGUCAACAUCUCAAUACCACAGUGGGUUCGUGAUAUUGGUAAGAAAGACCCGGAUAUCUUCUACACCAACAGAGCAGGCACAAGGAAUGAAGAGUAUCUCACCAUUGGAGUGGAUAACCAGCCCCUUUUUGAAGGGCGCACUGCAGCAGAGCUCUACAGUGACUACAUGAAGAGCUUCAGAGAAAACAUGGCGGAUUUCUUGGAAGCUGGUCUGAUCACAGAUAUAGAGGUGGGCCUUGGCCCUGCUGGAGAGCUGAGAUACCCCUCCUAUCCACAGCCCCAAGGAUGGGUUUUUCCAGGCAUUGGAGAAUUUCAGUGUUAUGACAAAUAUCUCCAAGCAGACUUCAAAGAGGCAGCAACAAAGGCAGGACACCCUGAAUGGGAAUUGCCAGAUGAUGCAGGAGAAUACAAUGACACACCUGAUUCUACCAAGUUCUUUGCAGAAAAUGGGACAUAUCUUACUGAGAAAGGAAAAUUUUUCCUAACUUGGUAUUCAAACAAGUUGAUAGAACAUGGAGAUCAGAUUCUUGAUGCAGCCAAUCAGGCCUUCUUAGGAUGCAAAACCAAGCUUGCAGCCAAAAUUUCUGGCAUCCACUGGUGGUAUAGAGUUGACAACCAUGCAGCAGAGCUCACUGCAGGAUACUACAACUUAAACAAUCGAGAUGGCUACAGAACCAUAGCAAGAAUGCUUACUAGACAUGAUGCUAUCUUGAACUUUACUUGUGUUGAAAUGAGAGAUUCUGAGCAAACUGCAGAAGCUAAGAGUGGGCCUGAGGAACUCGUUCAGCAGGUACUAAGCGCAGGAUGGAGAGAGGGAAUUGAAGUCGCAUGUGAGAAUGCACUUAACCGAUAUGAAAGGAAAGCCUAUAACCAGAUAUUGAGGAACUGUAGGCCAAAUGGUGUCAACAGAGAUGGGCCUCCAAAGCUGAGGGUCACUUCAAUGACAUAUCUCCGACUAUCAGAUGAGCUAUUAAAAGCCAUAAAUUACAGAAUAUUUAAGACAUUUGUGAGGAAAAUGCAUGCUGAUCAGGAUUACUGUCCAGAUCCAAGCAAGUAUUUCAAACCCAUUAAACCUAUGGAAAGAUCAAAGCCAAAAAUACCAAUUGAGGUUAUUCUGGAAGCCACAGAACCAAUGAAGCCAUUCCCAUUUGAUCCAGUAACAGAUAUGAGUGUAGGUGGUGAUUUUGCUGAUUUUGUAGACGAUAUAUUCAACAAAAUAACUUCGAUAUUGAAUUAAAAUCCUUCAGAGAGUGAGGUCACCAUGAAUAAGCAACCUAGUGAAUAAGGAUUGACAAAUACUUUUCAUUAGUCAUUUUUAUGUAUGAGUACUGGUUAAAUGCCAUGUGAACAAGGGCCGAUCAUAUUUUCUUGAUGUUUGUUCCCAUUUGAUAUUCUGAAUGGCUUUUCUUUGCAUUUUAUUCACAUCAUAUUACUGCACAUUUGGAUAUAUUUGAAUGGGUAGCUCAAGCUCGAAUAUUUGGAA